GUGGUCGACAAGCCGCACGGCCCAGCUCGACCUCAGUUGCAAUCUCGGCCCACCACGUUGCGUGCCAUCCUAGAGGUGGCUCUUACAACGGCGGUCGUCGAUAGAAGAUUUUGCUUCGCAUCAGAUAAUGAGAUCACGUGGAUCGGAUUUGGAUCGUGCAUUCCAGCUUUGGAUCGGCGGAUCGGAUUUAAGAAAAGUGGAGGAGGAUAAGAUCACGUGGAUCGGAUUUUGUAUCGUGGAUUCGAGCUUUGGAUCGACGGAUCGAAGAUAAAACUUGUUCGAAAAUAAGAUCUCCUGAUCAGGCAAGCCAACAGAGAAAAAGGGAAAGGUGGGUCGGGCAGCAGCAGCGCAAUGGGCACAGCAGAUAUGGAGGAAGAGGCGACGAUAAGAAUGGAAGGGAGAGGGAGAGGGAGAGGGGAGGGAGAAGAGGCAGAAGGGGGAGAGGAGGGGGAGGAGGUGUUCGGUUCCGAUGCUGGCGGAUUAGGGUUUCCUAUGGCUGGCGUGGAAGAGUUCGGUUUUGGCGAUGGCAGCUUCAGCGCCAAGCAAAGGAAGAUGAAGAAGAAAGCCAAAUCCGGCGGAUUCGAGUCAUUGGGCCUCAGUCCAGCUGUGUAUCGUGCAGUGAAGCGAAAGGGUUACCAGGUCCCGACCCCAAUUCAGAAUGAUGAUGAUGAUGAUGAUGACGACGAUGACGACGACGAUGAUGAUGAUGAUGAUGAUGAUGAUGAUGAUGAAAAUAAUCAUGAUGAUAAUGCCUUCCUGAUUCCACUGAUCGAAAGGUUAAGAUCGCACUCUCCUGUCGCCGGUGCAAGAGCAGUCAUUCUCUCGCCAACACGCGAGCUGGCGUUGCAGACAUUCAAGUUCACGAAGGAGCUCGGGCGGUUCACGGAUCUGCGUGCUACGCUGUUGGUCGGAGGCGAUAGCAUGGAAGAACAGUUCGAGGCGCUCUCCAACAGUCCGGACAUCAUCAUCGCUACUCCGGGCCGUCUUAUGCAUCAUUUAUCUGAGGUCGAGGAGAUGUCUCUGCGCAGCGUCGAGUACGUCGUGUUUGACGAGGCUGACAGACUUUUCGAGAUGGGAUUUGCUGAUCAGCUUAGGGACAUCUUGCACAGGAUGCCAGAUGCACGGCAGACUCUCUUAUUUAGCGCUACGAUGCCUCGUAUGCUUGCCGAGUUUGCUCGAGCAGGUCUCAAAAGUCCGGAGUUGAUCAGAUUGGACACGGAGUCGAGGAUCAGCUCUGAUCUCCAGGUUGCAUUCUUUACGGUUCGACAUGAAGAGAAGGCUGCUGCAUUACUGCACCUAGUGAGAGAAGUCAUCAAGCCACGUCAACAGACAAUCAUAUUUGUUGCGACAAAGCAUCAUGUAGAUUAUCUCAAUGAGCUUUUCCUUCAGGAGGGCAUCUAUGCGUCGGUUGUCUAUGGCGCGAUGGACCAGACAGCUCGUAAGAUAAACACGGCACGCUUCCGCAACCGAAAGACGAUGUAUUUGAUUGUGACGGACGUUGCGGCUCGCGGUAUCGACAUUCCGCUGCUUGACAACGUCGUGAAUUACGACUUUCCAUCAAAGCCUAAGCUAUUUGUUCAUCGUGUUGGCCGAGCUGCACGUGCUGGGAGAUGUGGAACCGCCUACUCCUUUCUCACCCACGACGAGGUGCCUUACCUUCUGGAUCUCCACCUGUACUUGUCAAGACCUGUGAAACCUGCACCGCAGAUCGGCGACGAGCAAGCGUCGUCAGAGCAGGAUGGCGUGACAGUGUUCGGCCACUUUCCACAGUCGACGCUUGCGACGGAGUUCGACGAUGAAGUGUCAUUUGCAGUCUCGUGUAUUCACUUGUAGUGUGUGCGUGAUUGCUAUAUCUUCAUGUUCAUCUAUGCAUGGAUGAGCUUUGCGGCAAACUGUCUAAUAGCAUACUCUGUGCUGUUCUUUCUUUCAAGUCGAGGCUUGCAACGGAGUUCGAUCAUGAAGCAUCAUGUGCAGUCUCGUGUAUUCACUCGUGGCGUGUGCGUGAUUGCUAUAUCUCUAUGCGACAAACUGUCUAAUAGCAUACACACAGUCACAACUUCUAACAUGCAGUGCAGCGCACAGUACUGCACUGUAGUAUGCUUCAGGCCCUUCAGAAUAAAUGGACUCCGCGGUC